AUGAUUUCAAGCUCGUUUACAAUGGCUUCGGGCAUGGCGGGGGCUUUAAAGCCUGGCGCUUACAGGCCUUCAGCUGGUAACCCUCAACUUGCUCGGGUUUCUCCUCUGUCUGGUGGGUUGGGGUUGCCGAUUAUUCGGAGCUUCGGUGGAGCUUCUCUAGAAAGGCGAGCAUCGUCUCCAGGAGGUGCACAUUUUCUUACCCUUCACCAAUACCCAGUUAUUUUUCUCCAUUUUUUUUCAUCUCGUGCCUUCAAUUUUCUUCUGUCUUCCAAUAAUCACCAAAUAUGAAAAUUUCAGGCAAGACAAGUAAUUUCUUCCAGUCUUUUGCAUGGGUGUGCUCUAAUAAUUCCUAGUUUUCAGUUCAUGUCAGCAAUUUAGCCUCACUUCACCAUCCUAAAGAUGAUAGGAUAUGAAUCACUAGUUUUGGAUUUUUCAGACUAAUGGCUGCUAGAUCACAGAAGUAGCUGGGACUUUGGCAGACUAUCUAGAGUCUUGCUGAUGGAGGAGGGCAGUGAUUUUCAAGAUUUUUCUUGGAAUGAUUCAGUGGAGUUUUUGUGUUAAUUUCUCUCUUGGUACAAUUGGGGCAAAAAUGGUCAUCUUCCAUCUGUCUCCCACUAGAAUGCUUCAUCUGAUCAAGAAGCUUGGUGAGGAUCACCCGUGGGAUCCCCAUACCACAUGAACAGACAGCUCCACUGAAUCAUUCGUCUGCCAAGUUUGUAGCUUUUUUUUGAUGUGAUAAAAAUCGUUCGUUUUGAUGUGCCGGGCGGGCCACUGAAUCAUUCGGACAUGAUAAAAAUGUCCGGGAUAUUAUCGGUUGUUCUUGGAAUGAUGAUGAUGAUGAAACGUGACAUUUUGAUAUGCCCAUUGGGUUUCUUUGGAGAAUUUGAUGUGCCCAUCGUCAGUCAAAAUGAUCAGAUAAUUUUCCAACAUGGUUCUUUGGAAUGGCAGGAAGGACUGGAGGAUUGGAUCUUCACCUCUCAGCCGCAUCUGCCUCCCUGCUGUGCGGAGACUACGGCAGCCUAAGAUCGAUGAUACCGUCGGCGCCGCCCAGAGCAGGAGAUAGGAGCCGGGGGGGCCCGCGGGCUUCCAAGGACGUCCCCUACAGCUUCCGGUUCCCCCCGAUGACCAAGAAGCCCAAGUGGUGGUGGAGGACGCUGGCCUGCAUCCCCUACCUGAUGCCGCUUCACGAGACAUGGAUGUACGCAGAGACAGCCUACCACCUCCACCCCUUCCUGGAGGACCUUGAGUUCCUCACAUACCCAUUCCUGGGUUUCAUCGGGCGGCUACCGAGCUGGUUUCUGAUGGCGUACUUCUUCGCGGCUUACCUCGGGGUGGUGAGGAAGAAGAUGUGGCCGCACUUCUUCAGGUUCCACGUGGUGAUGGGGAUGCUGCUAGAGAUCGCGCUGCAGGUGAUCGGGACAAUCAGCCGGUGGAUGCCGCUGGCCGUCUACUGGGGGAAGUUCGGCAUGCACUUCUGGACUGCCGUUGCCUUCGCCUACCUCUUCACUGUGCUCGAGUGCAUGCGCUGCGCGCUCGCCGGCAUGUACGCCGACAUCCCCUUUGUGUGUGAUGCCGCCUAUAUCCAGAUUCCCUACGACUAA